GUUUUGUAUGUAUUAUAAGUGUGUUUUCAUUUGAAAUAAAGACAAGGAUCUAUUUAAAGCUAUCCUUUCUGUCACAUUGCUUUUUUCUAAGAUUGGUGUCGUUUUUUUUGCGGAGAAUUGAGGGUAUAGUUAUUUGAAUAGAAGAUGAUAAAAAUAGCAAAGUCACUGGAGAGAGAAACACAGGUAGAGAGAGAAAAAGAGGCAGAGAGAGAGAGAAGGUGAAGAACAUAACACACAGAGAUAGGAAGGAAUAAUCAAUCAAUCAUGGAGGAAGUUUGAGUCCAUUGAUUGGUUAGUCUGACCUUGUUUCUGUGUUUAGAGCCCCUGUAAGAUUUGGUUGAAGAUUGAGAUGGACUUUUCUGAAUCUACAAAAAUAGUGUAUAAUAGAAUCCAGAAACUAGAACCAGAAAAUGUUCCUAAAAUUAUUGGAUAUCUCCUUUUACAAGAUCAUGGUGAGAGGGAGAUGAUAAGGUUGGCCUUUAGCCCUGAUAAUGUGAUCCAGUCUGUGAUCAACCAAGCCAAAACCAAGCUUGGAUUAGCCUCCAAACAGGCAUUUUCUGCCCAAGUUUUACCUCUUCAGGUGAACCCAGCACCAGUUUCGGAUCGUCCCUUACACUUCACUCCAUUCUCGCCAGCUUCAUCUCGCCCCUUUUCAUCUCCUGCAACGUUUCGAGCCACGCAGUCCCAUUGGGAUCCUCAAGUUCAUUCUGAUCAGCAUACAAUUCACAACCUGGAUUACGUCCCAGUGGCUUAUUCAGAUGCAGUUGCUGAUGACUACUGUCUCCAGAACCAACUUCAGUUCUUAUCUUUGGAAGAUCAGUUAGAGCCCGUUAAUGCAUUUGGUUCUGAUUUUUCCGGUAAUUACUAUUACCAAGAACCUACCUUAACGUUAGGCCCAAGAGUCAAUAGGAGAUCCCCAAGUUUGCCUGAAUUUCCUGUAAAGGUUUGCCAUUACUUCAGCAAGGGGUUCUGUAAGCAUGGAAGCAACUGUAGGUAUUCUCAUGGACAUCCCAUGCCAGAAAGCUUCUCUCAGAUCUUUAAUCUGAGUUCAAAUGAAAUUGUGAAUGAUGAUUAUGUCUUCUCACCGGGAUCUGUUGAGAAAUUGGAGAUGGAACUCACGGAGCUUUUAAAAACUAGAAGAGGAUAUCCUGUUUCGAUUGCUUCUUUGCCAAUGCUGUACUAUGAGAAGUAUGGGAAGACACUUCAGGCUGAGGGUUACCUCACAGAAAGCCAGAGACAUGGGAAAGUAGGUUAUAGCCUGACCAAGCUUCUUGCUCGGCUCAAGAACAGCAUUCGUCUCCUCGACAGACCUCAUGGGCAGCAUUCAGUCAUUUUGGUGGAUGAUAUUCCAAAAUACAUGGAGUACAAUGGGGAAAGAAAUGAUCAUGGACCAAUUGCGGCUGGUUCUCGACAAAUUUAUCUGACUUUUCCAGCAGACAGCACUUUUACUGAGCAAGAUGUUUCCAACUAUUUUAGCAAAUUUGGGCCUGUUCAAGAUGUUAGGAUUCCUUGCCAGCAGAAGAGGAUGUUUGGCUUUGUGACUUUCGUUUUCGCAGAGACAGUCAAGCAGAUUCUGACAAAGGGGAAUCCUCACUUCGUAUGUGGGGCGCGUGUUCUGGUGAAACCUUACAGGGAGAAGUCAAAACUUGUCGAUAGGAAGUAUCCCGAGAAAAUGCAUCUCCCUUUAUACUCUGGUUCUGACUUUCUUGAUCCAGAAUCUGAGCUUCCUCCAAUUCCCCGAGUUUGUGACAGUUCAAGAUUACUUAGGAAGCAGUUCAUGGAAGAACACGAGCAGGCACUUGAACUUGAGAGAAGGCAUCUCUUGGGGUUGCAAUUAGCUACUAAACUGUUGAACCAUCAGCCCUACUUGGGCUACACAAUGGAUGAAUUGAAGCUUUGUGAAGCCCAUGCAGAACAAUCACAGUUCCCGUCUGCUGCCCGCUUUAACUAUCUGCUAGAUGUUCUGAACAAUGGUUCUACUAGUGAAGAUACAGUUAGGCACAUAAAUACAACUUACAACGACCAGGAGAGUAAUCAAGGACUAAACCUUCCAGAUAGCCCGUUUGCAUCCUCAAUAGGGUGUGGCAUUUCAACAGUUACAUAGAUGCAGAAACAGAGAAGGAUUGUGGAGAUAAAGAAGACUGAAUUUCGAAGACCAUUUAUAGUGGGUUCAAUACAAGAGUAGUUUAUUUUCCUUCAUUUUAAAUUUCCAUAAAAAGUAGGUGUUAAAACAGUCAGUUGACCGCAGUUUCAUACCUAUUCAAGCAGGAACAAAACAACAGAUGGUUUUUCUUCUUUUCGUUUACUUAUAUAGAGAAAGAAUGGUACAGAAAUCCGAGAAGUUUCUGAAGAUCUAGUUAUGUAAUGUUCAUAGGAAGCAAGAAGAGUGCUUGUAAGUAAUAGUCUGCUUAGUUGAUAUAUGUGGCAGGGUUCAAGGUAUAAACAAAAUAAGUGUAGAGAUUUCUCUUCUGAGAAAAAAAUGCUACUGUAGUGAGCUUUAAUUAUAUUAAGUUGCAGUUUAGCAUACUACGCAAUGUGCA